UCUGCUGUGGAUGUGUAUUAUGAUGGGCAAUAUCAACGGGGGCCAGUUUCGUCGCGACUUCUGAGCGAUUAACAUGUGUGAUUAAUAGAAAAACUCGAUUAGCCCCGAGGAGAGAUUGGUGCUGUGCGAGAUUUUGAUCGAUUCAAUCAAGCAACGUCAAGAACGAAGAGAAGGAGGACAGCUUUGACACCUCUAAAACCGAACGGAAGCUUAGGAAAAAUGAUUCUGCCAUCGAUGCUGGAAGAUUGUUCCGUGAAUCAAUCAGCUUUUUAGCAAGCAGUGAGUGGGUUUUCUGGACACGCGUGUAUGGUUCGCGAAAAAGUGGUUUUAAGUGUCGAUCAAAAUAAGAGAAGAAAUAAUAAUUCGAAAGUGGAUUCGAUGCGCGAUUGAGUGAGGGGGUGUGAUUUGUUGUUGUGUUAUUGGUGUGUGUGUGUGUGUGCGUGCGUGUGUAGUUAUAGAAGUGUCGCGCCACAGCAGGUCGUUUGAGGAGCUGCCUCGAGGAAAUCUAGUUCUGGUCGAGAAUCGGAUCAAUCCGGUACCGUGUACAAAGUUGUCGCGAAUUUGGUGCAGCUGGUGCAAACAUUGACGGAUUUGAUAACGACGGGAACCGGUUAGGUAUCCGGUGAAGAUCAAACAAGUGAAUACAUAUUUAAAGUGAAGAAGAUAAAGGAUCAAACAAAUUAGUGUAAACAAUUUUUAACGAAGAUUUCAACGAACGUUAAAGCUACGAACACUCCCUUGCGAUUGGUCCUGGGAACGAAAAUCGAAGAGUUGAGUGGAUGGGAAUCGCGAAACGUCGGAAGGUGAUUAAUAAAUUUAGAACGAACGAUUACGAAACAUGGUUCCAUUCUGAGCACGUGUGACCGAGGUGCACCCCGAAACAAGUGAAAACAAACAAAACAAUAACAGCAAAAAAUAAACGAACGAACUGAAAAAAAUCUAGGUGCGAAAUCGUCGUCGGAAUUAACCAGUGACCCACAAAAAGACAUGAGUGAACCGAAAAACCUGGUGCCGCCAAAUCGAACAACGCCGGGUGCGUCGCGCAGGGCAAAGCGUGGUGCCGGCGAUGCUAUCGUGACGACGUCGAAGGCGACGCCGGCACCCAACAGCAGCGGCGGCAGCAACAAUAACAACAAUGCUGGCAAAACUAUUGUCGCCGAGCAAAAGUUUGAAGGACUCACGCUUGAAGGCGUCAGCCAGAAUUUGGUGGACAUCCGAUCGGACGAUAACGAGGUGGAGGCGGUCAAUCGGGAAGAGGAAAUAAUCAAAAAGCGCAAAACCGAACUAACCACCACGCGCCAAAUCGAGACCCGCAUCAAGCGCCAGCUGCUGCUCGAGGAUGGCAAAGUCAUUGAAGAUUCCGGUCCGAUCGUGUCCACCAACACCACCGAGGAUACCGACCGGCAGGAAACGGUGCAAACUGAGCAUCGUACCCUGGGUGAUCCAACGGCGGAGGAAGAUGUUACCAGAACGCGGGCCGUCGAUUCGGGCGGGACACCGGUCCCCACCGGUACGGAUGCUGAUGGCCCGCAUAAACUAGUCAGUGAUGAAAACGGAGGAGGAGGUGGUCAAACAGUCGUCGGCGGCGGCGGUGGCGACACCAAUAACAGCAACAAACCAAAGAUCAUCAGUGCCAUCGUGGCCCGGCCCGAUGGACUGCUGAAGAAUACCAAGGAGAAGGUGGAGGUUUCCCGGGAGGAGACUAAGGAGUGCACGGUUAUGGCCGAGCGGAAACAUUUCGGCGAUUUCACCGAUGAUGCUUAUCUGCGUGCCAUCAACAGCGGUGUGGACGAUAUCCGCGAGCUGCUACUGUCGGAGGAAGCCCGGCUUGAGCUGGCCCCAUCCGGUCCGCAGCUGGUAAGUCACAGUACUAAGUCGCGGAAGGUCAUCGAUAGUGAGGAUACGGAUGUGCAGCUGUCGGCCCGUUUGGACGGUACACUGGUGACGGAGAAAACGCAAACCCGACAGCACGAGGUCCUGUUCGACGACGAUCUGCCGGGGGAUGAGCGGUUGAGUACCGGGCUGGAUCAGGUGGAUAGUGCUGAGCGGAUUUUGGAUCAGAAGGCCUCAUCCCACCGUUACUUCAAGCAGCGCGAUGAACAGCACGUGGAUCUGAUCGGCCGUAGUGGACAAGUGCUGGAUAGCGAGAUGCGUUACGCAGCGGAAACAACUCAAAUGGAGAAGGACGGCAAUCGGCCGGAAAAUCUACUCUCCGAGUGGGACAGCCUAUCGGAUCGGUUACGGAAAGCGCGCCGACUUGGACGGCACUCGACACCGAAGGAAGCGGUACUCGGUGCUACCACGGGUACGGGGUUACCAACGGCGCUGGUUGAUCGAACGGAUGCACUGACCAAACGGCCGCUUGAUUUCGAUCGGGAGGAUGAGACACGCAAGCAAGAGACGAACAAGUGGUUGGAGAGUCACUUCGGUAGUGAGUCCCGAUCAUCGCGGGGGUCCCGAGAUGAUUUGGAUGAUAUUGUGGAACCGACGAAGAAGACGUACUUUAAUGUGACAAUUAAAAGCGGCGGGGAUGGACCGGAGGAGCUUCGCGGCAGUAGCAAUAAUGUGUACAAGAGUCAUCAGUUGAGUGCACCGGCGAAAGUAAUUAUGCCGGAACGGGAGGAACCGGUUGGAAAGAAAUACUUCCAAGGGGUGAGCGAAUGGAAUAAUAGGAAUCGGUACGCAAAUGGGAGGGGUUCCAGAGAAAAUCUGGUGGACAGUGAGGAGUACGGUUAUAGGAAGCAGAAAGAUUUUCGCUUCGAAGAUAGCAAAAAUUCGUCCUACAAGGACGAUUCGGCGUACGUUUCUUCGUCGACAUUCUUCACGACCCCCAGAUCUCCAAAACACUUGAAGGAUAGUAAUUUCAAUGCGAGAUAUGGGCGGGAGGCUCGUUCGGUGUCACCGGAUCGAAUCGAAUUCAUUCCAGUGGAACGACCAAUGGUUCCACAAAGGAAAAAAGUUCUUGAACGAAAGCUGACGAACGGCAGUGGCAUGAUGACAACUUUGAAACCCACACCUCCUGAACCACAAAUCAUUCAGUACGCCCCCCGUAGUCGUUCAAUUUCCCCCAUUCAAAUCCCUCCGGUGACUACAACCCUGCGGAAACCUUAUCAGAAAACACGCUUCAGUAGCAUUCAAGAUCUAAGUCACACCUCCAGAGGUUCGGGACCGGCUGCGACGCGAGCCCAGAGCAAUCCUCCAAAGAGCAAAGUCGGCUCAGUCAUCGGCAACAGCAUCCGAAAGCUGGUUGGCAAAAUACGCUCCGCAAGUGCCGAACGCAAGCUUCGACUAAAAUCAGCCAAACAUCGUUCCCCUUCACCGUCCUCAUCCGCCGCUAAACGUAACAGUUCAUCCAGUACGACCUACCAACAGUACAACGUCAUUGACGGUCACAUUGGAGGACGAGGAUACUCACCAACACCACCAACUCAACCAGCAGUAGCAGCAACGACACCAACAACAACGCUUCAAAACCAGUCUCACCCCCAGCAUCAGGCUCAACGCCACCAGACGCAACCGAUCGGUGUCAGUCACAAACAGAACGGCAACAUUUCCAGACGUGAUCGCGAGCGUGCUGAUCCCGGCUACGACCAGCGUCGUGGUUCCUCUGAUAUCGUGUCCGACAUGACAACCAACAGCGGCGGCGGCGGUGGCGGCGGGGUACCGAUCCCCAAGCAGAAGUACUACCUCGGUGAGAAUCCCUACGGUGGGAGCAUCUUUGGCAAGGAGAACAAGUACGACGGUACGAAGGGUCGAUUGGGCCAACAGCAGCAGCAACCAGCACCAGCACAGUUACAACGAAGUGAGGAACGGAUCGUGACGUCGUCCCACACGAGAAGCACCAGUCAACCGCCCCCGCCGACCGCAACCACCCUUGGCCGGUACAGCAAAAGCACCAACCGACUGCCAUCCACCACCAACGGACACCAUCACGAGCCGAACGGAUUAUCCUCGUCUUACAUGCAGUCCUCGUCCAAUCAUUACCACAACAGUUCCCAAACCCUCCCCCGUAAGUUGUACGAGCAAAAAUCAAAAGCAAAACCCCUCCAUUCGUCCACCAUCAACGUGUCGAUCGUGAACACGGUUAGCUCGUCCCCGCAGCCCCCGCUUACAAACACUGGACCGGUGAAACCGGCCCGAACCUACAAAGCGCUGAACCGAAGCAAAUCGUUCAAUGUGCAUGGGCUAAACGGGACCAACGAUCCUAGUCCAAUCUAUCUGGAGAAGGUAAGCCGAAACAAUUACAGUUCGUUCUACCGUUCGAAUUCCCAUCUGGACGAACUGCAGCAGACUCCCUCCCGGCACCAGAACGAAUCAAUGCAGCUGAAAAGUCCGUCCAUCGUCAAUCUGAUCACGCGAAGCACCCGUGACCUCACGCAAAGUCCGCUGUACGAAGACGAACGCAUCCAGUCGCGAAACGAGUACUACAACGAAUAUUCCGCCAACAAGAAGAACGUCUUUCUGAAAAACCUACAGAACCGGGCACCGGAACUGUACCGAACUCUACACGGCAAUAGCAAUGGUGGCGGCAGCAUGGAUCCGAAUGGACCCUCCCGGGACUACCUCAAUACGUACAUCAGUCGAGAGCAGGAAUCCUCGCUCGGAUCCCGUUCGCCUCUGACCGUCAACAAGGACACCGCAAGUAUCGUUCGUCGGGGCAGCUCCAGCACGGAAGACUUUUCGGAAUCUUAUAAAAUCACCCAAAAAUCGGAGGAUCCAGCACGGCCUGGGGUUACCAACACGGUGCGGAAUUUUAGUAAGAAAACCGUCCCCUCCAAGGACGGUCGGGGAAUGCAGACGAUCGAAACGAGUGAGGUACGUACCACCAGCAGCAGUCGCUACAGGGGAGAUCAACCGGCGGCACUAAAGUAUCAGGAGUUUCGCAACGGGCUGUCGCACGGAAGCGGCGGUGCGGGUGGUGUUGUGAUCGAGCUGCGGGGAAAUUCGUAGGAGCGGUUGGAGUUUUUUUCGAAGGUUUUUUUAAAGUAUUCAUUUUUUCAAUAAAAAAGAUUUUCUACUUGUGCCAGAACUUUGAGAAAUGUUCUUCGUUUCUUUCUUGUACUUAAGGCGACUAAUCGAGAAGCAAAUAAAAAAAAAAUAUCUUACGCUAACCAGUGAUAAGUGUAUUUAAACUUAUUUUUUUCGAAAACGGCAAUAAUAAAAUGUGAAAUAAAGUAACAAGUGAGAA